GGGCGACUGCAUAUCAUGAGGAGCAUAUUUAACGGCGAGUUGCGCUCACCAGCAGGGAGUCCUACUUAAAAAAAAAAAAACGACAAGAGGAUCGUGGCCACCAACCCUACUUUGCAGACGUCGAGGAGUGGAGGGUAGCCGCAUAAGAGUAUGCCCUUAGAUGUACAGGCGCACAUAGGAGGACCCGCUUCGACCACGCGACUAGCUCGACCUAUAACACGGAAGGGAACUUACAAUGGGGGAAGAAGGUGGCAUUGACCACGCGCGUAUGAAACGAUUCGACCUGUACGCGUCCUUCCCAAAUGAGGGGUACAUCUCCAGCGUGGAUUUGCUCAACAACUUAAUCGCCACGACGAGCACGAAGAACGUGAUACAGAUCUACGACGUGAGCGAAAAAAGGGAAAAGCUAACCUACAGCAUCGAAGACAUAGUAAUUAACGAUGUGAAGCUAGUGAAAACCGUUUUGGGGGAGAGCGGCGACUCGACUGUGGACUGCCAAGUGAACGAAUGUCUCUUCAGUGCAUAUGAGAAAAAUAAAAAAUGCAAAAUAUAUCAUUUUGACUUAUUGCAGAAGAAGGUGAUACACGUGUUUGAAUUUCUGAGCGAAAUUGUUGACAACAGUUUUGUCUUGCACCCCAACACGCACAUUUUCAUCGUCGCCUUGAGGAGCAAAGAACUCAUAGUUACACACGUAAGGGACAGAACCACCAUCUACCGAACUAGCGUAAACAAUGAGCAGUGCAUAGCUAGCUAUAACAAAACGGGGAUUAUCUACGCCUACACUGUGAGCACAAAUGCCAUUUACCUUUGUAGCUGUUUUGGGGAUGAUUAUAAUGAUGAGUUUUUUGCCAACUUUGAUGUGACAAAAAUUACGGCUAAUAAUAAUGCCUGCACACAUAUAGACUUUUCAUUUGAUGAGAAGAAAAUGCUCGUGGCGACGCAAAACUGUUGCAUUUACACGCUGGACGCCUACACGGGGGAUGUGCUUUACUCGUACAGCUUCCUCUACGAGAGCAGCUCUCCGCGCGCCUCGCCCGCGGUGCCUUCCUACCCGAUUUAUUCCUUCGACUCGAAUUACGUGCUCUCCGGCGGAAGAGAUGGGAACCUCCACGUCUGGGACGUAAAGGGAAACCCCGUGUGCAAAAAAAAGAUUGACAACCACGUUUUGUUUGUAAAGUGGGUGUACAACCGGGUAGCGUUUGUAACGACCAGCAAUUACCUCCUAAUAUGGCAGAUACCGAAGGACAAUUAGGGAAGAUAACCGAGGGCAUG